AAGCAAUGGGGGUCUGACCUAAACUACUCCUCAACACUUUAAAAGACAUUUACUCCCACUCUUUCCCUCUCUCUGUGUGAUUUUGACUCACUCUCUCUCUGUCAGUGAAGGAGCUGAACUCCAGCCUGAGCUGUGAACGGUGAGGGAAGAUAAGGAAGCUGGCUGAGGGAGGGCUGACAGACAGACAGAGCUCCCACCUUGCUGGAGAGGCUGCAAGACGGAGCAGUGACACAACAGAGCAAAGCAUCAUUUUUCUUUGUUUCAAUGAAGUGUGGAGACUUGGAGGAGUGCCUCAUCUUACCUGCAUGGGCUUGUGACAAGUAGAUAGCAUCUGUACAGAACCUUCACCAUUACUGAGGAUUGGCCUGUAAUCAGAGGUUCAAACAAAUAUUUAUUUCGCUAUAUCCACAUUCCACAUCUAGCAUGGGUAGACAAGGGGUUCUGAGCUGCUGCCUCCUCCUGACUGCUUUGCUCAGCUUAUCAAAUGCUGGCUUUGUGAAGGAACUCCUACGGCAUCGGCGACAGACUCUGGAGUCUCCUAAAGAAAAUAACAUCACCUUCCCGAGCGCGGACCGUCCUGUAGUUUUCAACCACGUCUAUAACAUCAAUGUUCCUGCCAGUUCCCUGUGCUCAGUGGACCUGGAUGCUCCAGAGAGCACGCAGCUCCAUCCUAAAGAUACAGCAGUCUCUUCAGGCCAUCACACCACCGAGCACACCCUGGAUGGGGAGAACCAGAUCCUCUUUACUCACCGCAUCAACAUACCUCGGCAGGCCUGUGGGUGUAGUGACAACCUGCCCGGCCUGAAAGACCUCAUGAGCCGGCUGGAGAUGCUUGAGGGAGAAGUUUCAGCAUUGAGAGAUCAGUGCAAUGGUGACGGACCCUGCUGCAGUGCACAGGUCACAGGUGCGGUGGGAACCAAACCUUACUGCAAUGGUCAUGGAAACUACAGCACUGAAACUUGUGGCUGCGUGUGCGAGCCUGGCUGGAAGGGACCCAACUGCUCUGAACCCGAGUGUCCCAAUAAGUGCCAGAACCGGGGCCGCUGCGUUGACGGAAAGUGUGUGUGCUUCAAAGGCUUCACCGGUGAAGACUGCACACUCAAGGUCUGCCCUGUGGACUGCGGAGCGUACGGCCAGUGUGUGGGUGGUGUUUGCAUCUGCUCAGAUGGCUUCUUCGGCGAAGACUGCUCUCAAACCAAGUGCCUCAACAACUGCCAAGGCCGCGGUCACUGUGAUGACGGAGACUGUGUGUGUGAUGAACCCUGGACUGGCUCAGACUGCUCUGAACUCAUCUGCCCCAAAGACUGCUACGACCGUGGACGCUGCGUGAAUGGCACCUGCUAUUGCGAUGAGGGCUACACCGGAGAGGACUGUGGACAACGCACCUGCACCAACAACUGCCAUGGUAAUGGUUUCUGUGUGGAUGGCAAGUGUGUCUGCGCCGCCGGCUUCAGUGGAGAAGACUGCUCACGGCUCACCUGCCUCAACGACUGUAACGGCAGAGGGACGUGCUUCAAUGGGAUGUGUAUCUGCGAUCCAGGCUACCAAGGCGCAGACUGCAGCCAGUUAGCUUGUCUGAACAACUGUAACAACAGAGGCCAGUGCAUAAAUGGACAGUGUGACUGCGAUGUUGGUUUCCAAGGAGAUGAUUGCUCUGAGCUAUCCUGCCCAAACAGCUGCCAGCACAGAGGGCGCUGUGUUAAUGGCCAGUGUGUGUGUGAGGAAGGCUUUGUUGGUGAGGACUGUAGCAUCAGGACCUGCCCCUCAAACUGCUACGGCCGCGGCGAGUGCAUUGAGGGACGUUGUGUGUGUCAUGCAGGCUUCACCGGUGAGGACUGCGCCCAACUGAGCUGCCCCAACAACUGCAGAAACCGUGGCCGGUGCAUUGAUGGGCAGUGUGUUUGUGACGAAGGCUUCUCUGGGGAGGACUGCAGUCAGAAAGCGUGUCCAAAUGAUUGCUUGGCCCGUGGUUACUGUGUCAACGGCAAGUGCAUCUGUCAGGAAGGCUACUCAGGAGAUGACUGCUCUGUGCACACCUGUCCAGGUAACUGCAACAACAGGGGGCGCUGCAUCAAUGGAAGGUGCUCAUGUGAGAGUGGAUAUGAAGGGGAAAGCUGUGCAGAGCUAAGCUGCCUCAACAACUGCCGAGAGAAAGGCCGCUGUGUGAACGGUCAGUGCGUCUGUGAUGAGGGAUACAUUGGAGAAGACUGCUCAGAAGUGUCUCCUCCAAAGGACCUUACCGUUGGCGAAGUCACUGGUGACACGGUGGACCUGAGCUGGAACAAUGAGAUGUUGGUGACAGAGUACCUUGUGACGUACGUACCCACCAAACCAGGUGGUCUUCAAAUGGAGUUCACAGUGACAGGAGACAAAACUUCAGCUACCGUCAAAGAGCUUGAGCCUGGCAUCGAGUACUUCAUCAAUGUCUACGCUGUUCUGAGCAACAAGAGGAGUGUCCCUGUCAGCGCGAGGGUGGCUACAGAGCUUCCACAGCCAGAGGGUUUAAGGUUCAAAUCAGUGAGAGAGACCUCAGUGGAGGUGGUGUGGGACCAGCUGGACAUCGCCUUUGAUGGCUGGGAGAUCUAUUUCCGCAACACGAAAGAAGAAAAUGGAAAAGUCGUGAGCACCCUUCCACCAUCUCAACACCAGUUUCUCCAGUCAGGCCUUGGUCCAGGACAGGAGUAUGAAGUCUCUCUUAACAUCAUCAAGAACAACACCAGAGGACCCCAAACAACCAAAAAAGUCACUACCAAGAUAGAUGGCCCUCGGCAGCCGGAGGUGAAGGACGUGACCGACUCCUCAGCCUUGGUUAGCUGGUCUCAGCCCGUGGUUCCUAUGGACAGACUCACUAUGAUUUAUGGGCCCAGCUCUGACCCCUCGGAUGAAACCAGCGUGGAGAUUCCCCCCCCAGACAAGCAGUACAGCAUCGACGGUCUGAGGCCAGACACUGAGUACAAGGUGUCGCUCAUCUCCAGAAGCGGAGAGCUCACCAGUGACCCUGCCACCUCCACAUUCACUACAGCCCUGGAUGCACCCACGAACCUGCAAGCUGUAUCCCAGACAGACAACAGCAUCAGUCUGGAGUGGACUAACAGUCAAGCUGAUGUUAGCAGCUAUCGGGUGAAAUACAGUCCCAUAUCUGGUGCAACUCAUGGUGAGGAAGUGUUUCCACGAGGACCAGGAGACACCACAGAAGCUACCAUCACUGGGCUAAAGCCAGGGACUGAGUAUGGGAUCGGUGUGACUGCUGUGAAGAAUGAGAGAGAGAGCCUUCCUGCUACUACAAACGCAGCAACUGAUAUCGACCCUCCCAGAAAUUUUGAAGAGCUGGAAUCUACAGAGACCUCCCUCACCCUGAGGUGGCAGAAACCUCGGGCCAAGGUUGGCGCCUACCAGCUGGUGUACGUCCCCAAAGAUGGCCAGGCCGAGGUGGUGGAGGUCCCAGCCACAGCAACUAGCUAUGUCCUGUCCAACCUGACUCCUGGAAUGACCUACACCAUCACUUUGGCUGCGGAGAGGGGGCUCAAGAGGAGCACACCUGUCACCUUAUCUGCAUCUACAGAGGAGCUGAGGCCCAUGGUGGUGAACCUCACCAUCUCUGACAUUACAUGGGACGGCUUCACUGCGUCCUGGAGCCCCACUGGUGGGGAAUUUGACAGCUUUGUCAUAGAGGUAACAAACUUGGACAAUUUCGAAGAGAGCCAAAACCUCAGUCUGUCUGGAGACGCUUUCAGCCUGGGCAUCUCUGGGCUGAAUCCCAACACCAGCUACAUGGUUGGCCUGUUUGGGAUGUAUGAGGGCUCCUUCCUUGAACCCGUGUAUGCUGACGCCACCACAGUGAAUCAACCAGUGCUUGGCAAACUAUAUAUCUCAAACUUAACAUCAGAGAGCUUUUCAAUCUACUGGAAUGGCACUGAAGGAGAAUUUGAUGGUUUUAUCCUGGAGAUAAUUGAUUCUGAUUGGCUGAUGGAGCCAAAGGAAUAUAACAUAUCCCACACUGUACAGUCCCAUGACGUCACAGGGCUCAGGCCCAGCACUGACUAUGUAGCCUACUUAUAUGGGACAUACAAGGGAUCCCGAACAAGUGCUCUCAGCAUUGUUGCAUCAACAGCUGAAGAGCCUGAUUUGUCCAGGCUAGUUGUUUCUAACAUUACCUCAGACAGAUUUUCUCUGUCAUGGCGGACAGGAAAGAAGGCUUUUGAUAACUUUAUAGUAGAAGUCAGAGAGUCUGCUUUGCCCUCGCAGGCAAUGGGGCGCGCUCUGCCAGGAGAUGUGCGCUCCACAGUCAUGGCUGGGCUUAAAGCGAGCACACGCUACAACAUAAAGCUGUACGCCAGCACUGGCGGCCAGAGCACGCCGCCCCUGUUUGAUGUAGCUACAACAGAGGAUGUCCCACAGUUGGGACCCAUAGCUGCUUCAUCUGUGAGCCCACAUAACCUCAGCUUGUCCUGGAGCACUGUGUCAGGCCACUUUGAUGGCUUUGUUAUCCGGGUCAGUGACCCUGAGCAGCAGUCUGAUACGCUGGAGUUCACACUGCCUGGUGAAGCCCGUAACAUUACAGUCUCUAACCUGAUGGAUGCCACAGGCUAUGAUAUUGAACUGUACGGUAUCUCUCAUGGGCGCCACACUCCCUCUGUGUUAGCCCAUGCCAUUACAGCUCCUUUGCCCAAAGUGGAAAACUUGACCAUUUCCAACAUAACCCCCUAUGGCUUCCGUGUGUUGUGGGAGGUGAAGAGGCAGCAGCAGCAGGAGGCAUUAGCCCCCUCUAGUGGAGGCUUCAGAUAUUUCCACAUAGUGGUGACAGACUCUGGCUGGCUGCUGGAGCCUCAGGAGUUCACUGUACCAGGAAACCAAAGUCACCUGGACAUCUGGGGCCUCAUCACCGGCAUAGGCUAUGAGGUCAGGCUGACCGGGGUAUCAGAGUCAGGGCUUCUCUCUCGGCCUCUGACUACAGUGGCUGUGACAGAGGCUGAGCCGGAGGUGGAGCAUCUCUUUGUCUCGGACAUCACUGCUGACGGUUUCCGUUUGUCGUGGACGGCUGAUGAAGACUUGUUUGAUAGAUAUGUGAUCAAAAUAAGAGACAGCAAAAGAUUAGCCCACCCUCAGGAGUACAGCGUCCGUGGCGAUGAACGAACCAAGGUUUUCACUGGACUCAUGAGUGGCAGCGAGUAUGAAAUUGAGCUUUAUGGUGUCACAUUGGACCAACGCUCCCAGCCUGUUACUGGGGUUGCUCAGACAGGCCUGAGCACUCCAAGAGGACUCAGCUUCUCUGACGUGACUGACUCCUCGGCCAUAGUUCACUGGUCCAUGCCUCGCUCUCCAGUGGAUGGCUACCGAAUCACCUAUGUACCCUUUGAAGGAGGAAGCCCAAUGACACUGACUGUGGAUGGCAGCGUGUUUGAGGCUAUCCUUCCCAAUAUGUUCCCUGGCAAACUGUACCAAGUGACUGUGAGUGCUGUGAAGGGUCUGGAGGAAAGUGACCCCAGCACUGACACUGUGAUUACAGCUCUGGACAGACCUCAGGGUCUCACUGCAGUUAAUGUCACUGACACUUCAGCCCUGUUGCUGUGGCAACCAUCUGUGGCCACUGUAGAAGGCUACACCAUUACUUACAGUGGUGAUUCAGUGUCCCCAGUGGUGGAGACUGUUUCUGGGAACACGGUGGAGUUUGAGAUGGGCUCCCUGGUUCCAGGAACCCACUACACAGUUGGAGUACAUGCUGUGAAAGACUCUCAGAAGAGUGACUCUGCUGUGACUGAAUUCACCACCGGUGUGGAUCCUCCUCGUGAUCUGACAGCUGUUAACAUUCAAACUGAGAGUGCGACUCUCACAUGGAAACCUCCGCAGGCUGCUGUGACGGGUUACACGCUCACCUUCUCCUCUGCUGAUGGUGUAAUCAGGGAAGUGGUGCUGAGCCCGACAGCGUCCUCUUACAGCAUGGCUCAGUUAACCGGCUCCACAGAGUACAAUGUCAAACUGCAGGCCAUUGCCGGAGCCCAGAGGAGCCGUCAUGUGACCACUGUCUUCACCACCAUCGGACAGUUGUACAGACGCCCUAAGGACUGUGCUCAGAUUUUACUGAAUGGAGAGACAACCUCUGGUCUGUACACCAUCUACGUGGGCGGAGAGGAGAGCCAGCCCAUCCAGGUUUACUGUGACAUGACCACAGAUGGUGGAGGGUGGCUGGUUUUCCUCAGACGCCAGAAUGGAAAGCUGGAAUUCUUCAGGAACUGGAAGAACUACACUGCUGGCUUUGGUAACAUGAAUGAUGAGUUCUGGCUGGGUCUCUCCAACCUCCAUAAAAUCACAAAUUUGGGCCAUUAUGAGUUGCGAGUAGACUUGAGGGACAACGGGGAAUUAGCCUAUGCUCAGUAUGACAAGAUCACGAUUGCAGAGCCAAGAACACGCUAUAAAAUCUACAUAGGAGCGUAUAGUGGAACAGCAGGUGACUCCAUGAUGUACCACCAGGGUCGACCCUUCUCUACCUACGACAAUGAUAACGAUAUUGCUGUCACCAACUGCGCCUUGUCCUACAAAGGUGCCUUUUGGUAUAAAAACUGUCAUCGUGUCAACCUCAUGGGCAAAUACGGUGACAACAGUCACAGUAAGGGAAUCAACUGGUUCCACUGGAAAGGCCACGAACACUCAAUUGAAUUUGCAGAGAUGAAGAUCAGGCCGGCCAACUUCAGAAAUUUUGAGAGCAGGAAAAAGCGAUCGUAGACCCAAGAACCCCGUCCUCAUCAC